AAGGCCCAAGUCUCACGCUAGCGAUCGUCGACAACGAUUUUGAGUCUUUCUCCGAAGUCGCCGGAAUCGUAUUCGCCGAUCCAAUUGUCGCAUAGAAACUGUCAUCUCCGGCGAGAGACUGAUCUCUGGGAUUGAUACAGAACUCGUAGGAUGAUCGAUUUACGCUAUAAAGAAUGCUACUUGCUCAUCUGUCUUAUCGUCUUCAUAAAUUUUGUGACUUGUUAUAGCGAUGAGAGACUGUUUGGUGGAAAAACUUUAUAUGCUGGGAAGGAACUUUGGAAAGAGACACUGCCAUUGAAAUCUGGAUCUCGAGUUUACAAAUUACAAGGGCUUAAGUCGAACUCUUGGUAUGAAGUCAAGAUAUCAUACCCAGCUUCUAUACCGGCUCUAUUUUCGCUGCAAUUACUGAAGAACGGUGUAAUGGGUUUGAAGGUUAACCAUAUGAGGAGAUUACUAAACACUGAGAAGUUGAUCUUCAAAACAGAAAGUAUUGAAGAAGUUGAUAACAAGGAGGGAUUGUAUGUUUUGGUGACGGUGGAACCUGAAGGAAUCGUGGCUAUACCAAAUGUUAAAGAAAGACCGUCCAUCAUUUACAACAUAGGCAAGCUUUUUUUUCUACUUACUAUCUCAUCAAUCUUCUUCUUUUCACAACAUAAGAACUUGUAUUAAGUGUAGUGCUUCUUCUAGAGUCUGAAAACUCUCAUGUUGACAGUUUGUGAAGAACAGCUCUUAGGCAUCCCUCACUCAAGCUGGUCAGUGGUGGUUUUAGUAGUUUUGUGUCUCGUUGUCGCGUUGAUUCUUCCCCGGUUCCUCCCAUCUUAUCUUCUGAUCAAAGAUGUAGAUCGUGAUCGUUAAGAAGAAGCAUGGUUAAUACAGUUUCCUCACCUCUUUGUUUUGUUACUCUGUUCGCAUUUUGAUGUUUGUUCAUCUAAUUUUGUAUGGUUUUUAGUUCUUACAUGUCCACUGCCUCAUUCAUAUACCUUACCUUACCACACCGCACUCAAAGAAGAGUAUAUAAGUCUACAUGUGUUAGAUUGAUUUCAUGUUUUUCAGACGCGGGAAGUCCUAUUCUGAACUUGUAUGGUUUGAUCGUAUAUAGUUAAGUAACGCUUAUCCGUUUGAAUUUCAAUCCAACAAACAACAUUCCAC